AUGGACGCGCCAAGUGGGCAUCGUCAGCCAAGUGGUGAUACUCAGCCAAGUGGUGAUACCCCGCCAAGUGGUGAUACUCCGCCAAGUGGUGAUCCCUUCGACGAAACGCCAGACGACUUUGAUCUCGUCGAUUUUUGUCGCCGCAUGAACUUGGAGAUACCGCAAAAUUGGGGAGGACAGACAGUUUUGUAUGCCGACGUUCGGGGCCGUUUGAAGAGUCGUUCAAGUAAGACAAAAUUUUUUUAUAAUGGACAUUUGCAGUUUCAAUAACAUUUAACUCAAACUGUGUGAUUUUAGGUUGUACCAAAGCGCUUGAAUUUUAUCUCGCAUCGAUUCCCGCAGCCCUCGGCCCGAAACAUUGUCCUAUUCAGCAGCUUUUCAACGAAGCGUCUUUACGUUGUUGUACGAGAACGUGUCCGCUUCGUUUCGCGCCUUUUGACAUAAUCGGCGAACGUCUUUUGAUGCCAAUACCAGUUGAAGAGCGAAGAUUGUUUGUGAGUGCGAAAAUUUACUUCGAAUCUGAAGGAAAAUGCCUCAAAAUCUGCAACGAACUUGUCUGCCCCCGUUUUUUCGCCCAGGUGUACUGCGUAUCACAUAGAUUGUAGGCUUUUUCAGCUAAAGCGAGAAUCUGGUUUAGUGUUCGUGAGGCGCUGGAUUCCAAACGGCGGGGACUCGUCGAAUUUGUUAUGGAUUCCCGCACGGUGUACAGGCAAAGACUCCGAGCCAUUACUGCCAAUCGACUUGAAGCUGCGACAAAGUUUGUUCGCACGCAUCUUGAACCAUCUCCAGAAUCUGCCAAGUGGAUGGUACCGCCUCAUUUCAACAAAAAGUCUAUGUUGUCGGAGGCUUUAGAUCAAUUUCAGAAUUCAUCUGUCCCUCCAUUGUCGGGCGCUAAUCUUUCAUCACGCACUGUCAAUAAUCUGAUUCAUUUGCUUCAAGAACAAGGUGUCUCCCUAACCUUUGACAAAACCACUUUACUCCCCAAGUGUAACACAUGCUGUAUCUUGCAAAAGGUAAUUUUUUAUUGUAUUUAUAUUUCUGUGUUCAGAAUUCGACAGUGUCUCAUGUCAUACACGACGUGCCACGUACAGGAAAAGAGGUACUGGAGGCGCACUACAAAAACGUGUACUCGGACAGACUUAUAGUGGAACAGUGGAAUGCGGCUUCUCUUCAUGCUCCAAACCAGACGUUACUUCUGAAAUACGACGGCAUGAGUGCAACUAAGACUUCUUUGCCCUGCUUAGGAGACAUUGUUCCAAAAGAACUGAGUGGAUGCAACAAAAUUAUCAAUUACCAGCUGAAUAUCUGCAUUGUCUCCCGCCACGGUAAGCAAACUUUUGUUACUUAUCUGGUUUUUUAGUCCCUUUGCCUUCAUGUUUCAAUCCCUGUGAAUCGUUUCGAGGGUAUGUUCAUGCCUUUUUCCACCCCUCCUCUGCACAAGGGUCAAGUGUAUAUUCCAAUAUUCUGAAUGUCUUGGAGAGUGUCAAAAAUCUGCCGCCAACAAUCAUCUUGAACACCGACAAUGCCCGGUCCAACAAGUCAAAAACAACACUAAAUUUUGGUCGCUUCCUCUUGAACCGGUGUCCCCGUCUCCAAAAGAUCAUUUUCGCUUAUCAAGAAUGCGGUCACACUCAUAACAAUGUAUGUUUUAAUUGGUUUUGAUUUACUUUGCGUUUAGGUUGAUGCUUUUUUCGGAAACGUGGCGAAAAAACUGGUUGGUCGGCGGAUUGAAACUCCGGCUGAGAUGAAGGAGCUUGUUAGAGGAAUGAAUGCUGUUUUCAAAGUGGUUGACGAAUUCACAGUAUGGGACUUCAAGCCAGCACCCACUGAUUUCCCGGACUCCCUGUACAACAACAACUACAUUGAAAUUUACCGUGCAGUGGAUGGUAUUCGAGUCAAGUUUCGCGAAUACAUUCGAAGUUCGGAGUAUGUUGAUUUGAGCCAAGUGAAAGCUAUGUUCCCGGAGUUGGAUUCGGAAAGGUUCAGCCUUUUAUUGUGCCCAGUGAGUAAAGAAAAUUAUGCAUUCAAUUAUUAUUUGUUUAGAAUGAUUAUGAGCUGCAAACUCCGCUUCCAUCUUCUUUUCUGGUGGAGAAGUACGAGGACCGAUUGAAUCAAAACGCGGCACACAUCCAACGACUGCUCAAGCCCGACACCUUCCCGGCUCUGUUCAGCUACUUGGAAAUGGUCAAGAACUUGCCCGCCGUCCCAAUCGACUCCGUCAUGCAGAACAUCAGCAACAAUGUUAUCCCGUUGGAAACCCCACCUGAACCGUUAGAGGAUCCCCAGAACAACGUCGUCAAAGCUUUUAUCAGAGUCGUCAAGGCACAGCAGAAAAUCCCGCCGACCGUGCAGAAGGUAAGAAUUUUUUUAUUGAAGUUAUGCUUUUAGGCAUCAAAGCGGAAAUCCCAAUCCCAAACCAAGAAACCUCCCGAAGAUGGAAGCGGAAAAGGAAACGAAGACAGCGCAGAUGGGGAUGAAAGUUGUGGCGAACGAUCCGACGAGGAAGAAGUUGCGUUGGCCCGGAUGUUCUCCCAAAGUCAGCUAUUCCGGUCAGCAGAUGUGCCAACUACUUCCCGGGGAGCUAUGAACCCGCCAUCUCAAACCGGAAGUUCGGUAUCCUCUUACGGACGCCCGCGUGCCAAGAAGACUGUUUACUCCCCUCCUCCGCGAUAAUUUAUUUGCCUUUUUGGUUAUUGUUUCCUGUGCUUUCAGUAAAUUAUGCGAAUAUGUUUCAGUCAUUUGAUAUUUGCAGUUAUGUUACUGAUAAAUCUACUGAUGUACUGUGUAAAAUAAUGUUUUUUCAUUUGUUGUGCAAAAAACAGAUUCAUCUACCAAUGUUAUCUGCGAAAAACAUUUAUUUUUUUCGGAAAAAGUAGAUUCGCAGCGUUUUCGCGAAUUCCCGCGACGAAAACGCUUGUUUGGCAUUCCGUUUUCGUGAAAGAUUGCCGACGGCAACUCGAAAUGCCGACAGCAAUCUCUUGCGUUGGGUCCCGGCACGAAAUUCAGAUACCGUAUUUUUCUCGAGAAAUCCUUGUUUUCUUUUUCUUUCGAAGAAAGAAAAACAUUUUUCAUUCAAAUUUUCGAGUUUGCUUUUUAAUUUUUUCGCGCGGUUGGUGGUUCUUUAUUUUAUUCGGUUUAUUGUUUUCUCGGAAUUUCAGGCCAAGUGGAAGCACCGCCAAGUGGACGCCCGCUGCAGCUCAGGACUUCCGCCAAGUGUGCUUACUCAUUUCAGAUUAGGAGCUUUUGGAGUUUGGAGUUCAAAGUUUCAGGUAAGAAUUGUUUGGGAAAAAAUGAACUGUUUUUGUACUGCAUUUAUGCAAAUUUUUAGGAAAUUGAGAUUUUUUUGGAGAUAUAAAAGCAAUGUAAUUUCAGGUGUUGGCUCAUUUUUCCGUCCCUUGCGUGCGCCAAGUGGUUGAAAAGAUGGUGUUGCAAGUGGCACCGUUCAACACGGAUGAAUACAGAGGACGAUGUUGGAAUUGCGCCUCCUCUCUGCACAACAUCGAUUCGACCGGCUGUCCUUUCAGAUGCAUUAUAUGCGGCCGAAGCGAGCAAGAGAGGCGGGUGAACGACAGCUUUGUCCCAAACCACCGCUUGAAAUGCGUGCCCAGAUGCCAUGGACACGCCAGAUUGCCAUACGAUCGUGAUGUCAUCUUCGCCGAAGCCGAGAAUCGCCUUGAAACUCCCCCGGCUCCGAUGGCUGAUCACGAAUGGACCCGCGAGUUCUACACUCGGCUUGCCCGGAUGACUCCAGCUUCAGAGGACGACGUGCGUUUGGGUACCCAUUAUGAGGAAAGGCCAGAAGACCAGUUGCGUUGCCCACCAGAUUUCAUAAAUUUCAACCGUAAGUCAAAUUUACUUUGUUAUUGUUCUUGUUUUAGUGGAAUACAACUUGGCCGCGGUCGAAUUGUCAGUGAAGAAAUUGAUGGCCCGGGAGACGAACGAGUACCAGUUGGAGAAGAUGUCCGUCACGCGAUUGCCCAACGAUCCGAAUGCUGAAGAAGAUGAAGCCAGAAUUCAGAGGAUCCGCGUCAAGUUCACUCCAGGAAGGUCUGAGGAACAACUCAAGCUGAAGAGUAGGUUGUAUUGCCAAGUGUAUUCAAACUUUUGAAUUUUUUUUAGCAAAAUUAUAUUGUACUAGGUAUCUGAGUCAAGUGUAUUCAAAAUUUUGAAUUUAUUUUUUCAGAAUUAUAUUGUACUAGGUAGCUGAGUCAAGUGUAUUCAAAGUUUUGAAUUUUUUUUAGCAAAAUUAUAUUGUACUAGGUAGCUGAGUCAAGUGUAUUCAAAGUUUUGAAUUUUUUUUAGCAAAAUUAUAUUGUACUAGGUAGCUGAGUCAAGUGUAUUCAAACUUUUGAAUUUUUUUUAGCAAAAUUAUAUUGUACUAGGUAGCUGAGUCAAGUGUAUUCAAAGUUUUGAAUUUUUUUUAGCAAAAUUAUAUUGUACUAGGUAUCUGAGUCAAGUGUAUUCAAAAUUUUGAAUUUAUUUUUUCAGAAUUAUAUUGUACUAGGUAGCUGAGUCAAGUGUAUUCAAACUUUUGAAUUUUUUUUAGCAAAAUUAUAUUGUACUAGGUAGCUGAGUCAAGUGUAUUCAAACUUUUGAAUUUUUUUUAGCAAAAUUAUAUUGUACUAGGUAGCUGAGUCAAGUGUAUUCAAACUUUUGAAUUUUUUUUAGCAAAAUUAUAUUGUACUAGGUACUUCAGCCAAGUGUACUAUUUUUUUUGUUUGUUUCAGCCCUGUUGCAAGACAAUGCCCGUCGCGCAACUUAUAUUUACCUUAACCUCCAUCCGGAGGACAAAGAUGAGACCAUGGAGGAUAAGAGGGAUCCGACUUGGCCAGACUCAAUCCCAAGAAGACAGAUUGCCGUCAACCGAGAACGUUUGAUUUUGUUUUCCUGUCAGCCUCCCAAUGACUUCCAUCCCGAAGCAGGUAUGCUGGUUUUAAAAGGUUUAGAUUUUUGAUUUGCUUGCUUCAUGUUUAUCUUUACUUUUCAGUAUUGGAGAUUGAGACCUCAAAGUUGUUGAACAGAUUUCUCGGCGAGAACAACUUCGAUACUCAUAGUCCGUUCCCUCCUGAAGGUUCACAGUGCCGCUACACGCUGUCUUUCGAUGAAGGCACAGUGGACAAGAUGCGAGCAAUCAAGAAGCUGAGAGAUCUGGGUCCGAUGAAAGAGUUGCCUGUUUUCCCCACGUGGGCUUUCCAGUGGAUGGAAAAUUGGAACAAUUGGAAUAUGAUGGAGCACGCGGAGAAGAAUCGCCAAGUGUUUGUCCAUAAAGUCUCAUUGCGGGCCUUGCAGGACUUCAAUGCUCUGGUGCCAGACAAGUUCAAGCUCACCCAUGGCCAAGUGGAUGCUUUGUAUCAGGCGUACCAGCAUGAAACCUUCUUGAUCAAUGUAUGUCGAUUUUCGUUUUUGAAUUUUGCUUUUAGGGGCCGCCAGGUGUAGGCAAGUCCACGGUGAUGGUGUUCGCGAUGGUGUAUAAUUGGGUGAUGUUAGGAAAAACCACACUCGCAAUGACAACCAGAAACAGUGCGGCAUCGGAGAUGGCACAUCGCUUGGUGACCAUGGUGGAGGCUCUGAAAGCCAGCCCAGACUUUAUUGGUUUGGUCCCUGAAGGCCCAAUUCCCUUCACGUUCCAGAUGAGCAAGAUGCACGUUUUUUCUCUCAAGAGAUCGCCACGUGUUCGUAAAUACUCGCGGUAUGGAAGCAAGCUCCCUGUGGUAAGUUCGUUUGAUUGCUUUAUUAGUGUUUAGGGAACAAUGAUGGUCAUCACAAGUCUCGGCAAUGCGAACUGCACAGCGCUCGAGGGAUUUUUCCCCCAGGAGAUCUUGUUGGACGAGGCCACGAUGGCUCCGCAUAUCGACUUGUGCUUGUUGUUGGUCCGGCUGAACGAGGAAAUCAAUGCCAAGAAGAAUGUGAACCGAGCCAUUCCGAGUCAUUUUAUCCUUUUGGGAGACACGCGUCAACUCAAGGUCAAUUUCGCUGAGCCCCAGUUCCUGAACGAAGAACUUCUGCACCCCACGGGGUUCAACCUCGACCCGUUCUCUAUGUUGAUGCGGAAUGGAAUGCCGGUUACGAAUCUGAAGGAAAUAUUGCGGGCUAGCCGCGAAUUGUACUCGAUGAUUGAGGACUUGUAGUAAGUUUUAUUAUUUUGGUUUUGAUUUCAUGAGAUGUAUUUACAUUUUGUUUUGAAAUGAAUUGAUUUUAAAUGUAAAUUUUCAGCCCUUACGAGUUCAGUUUCUGCCACGCUCCCGCUCCAAACCCCAUAUGGAUGGAUUUCUCGAAAUACCCUGAGCAUCCCUUUUCCUCGGCCUUUGUGAAUGACCUUCAGAAGAGAAAGUUCAUGACCUUGGUACUGGACUUUAUGCCGUAUGAGUUCAACCAAACCCAAGACAGGUGUUUGGACCGGGCGGGUUUCCCACGCGUCUUUGUGAACCGAUCGUUCUGUGCAGCGGUCUUCGCCCUUAUCAAAGUAUUGCUUCGCACUCCGCAGCCAGAUGACUCGAGAUUAAGCCUAGCGGAUUUUAUGGUGGUUGCUCCUUAUAGGAGUAAGUUGGAACUCUUUUUUUUUGAGGUUCUUUUAUUUAGAGGUUUUUACAGUUACGAUUUUUUUUAUAUUUAGAACAAGAAACCAAGUAUUAUCAACUGAUGGCGCAGCCGGGAAUGGAAGAGCUCAAGGAAUUGUUGGUGUUGAAUGUCGACCGGACUCCUUCGCUGGACAGUAAAGUUGUUUUGAUUGAUCUGACCAGGACGAACCAAAAGGGGUUCAUGUCGGGGAACCAGUACGGAUGGCCAACCUUGGAUGAAUGUGGAAGGAUGAUCGUUGCCCUCACGAGAGCCUGCCGCGCGUUUAUAUUGCUUGGGUGUAAUAACCCGCAUCGGGAGCGUUACGACCCUACCACAAAUCUCCUGGACUACAUUUUUUUGAAGGCGAAAUCCCUGCAUAUCAAAGGAGGCAAAACUGGUUACAACGUCUACCAUCGCUACGAUGUAAGUUUUUAUUUUUUUUUUUUUAUUACUUUGUACGGCUGUCACGAGUUUUCCAUGUUUUUUUUUUAUUUUUCAGGAAGAAAACGAUGCUCUGUUGGACACGAUCACAACCCAUGAGGAAAGAGAGGCGGAAAGGGAAAGAUUCCCAGAAAUGAGAUGGUCGAAUCAACCAGGUCGUCGGCAAAGCUCAGGUGGUCAAUAUCGUGGUCGUCAGGGUUCCUUUGGUCAAUCGGCUCAUCGGCCCAGCUCCUUUGGUCAAUCUGGUCGACGCCAGAGCUCGGGUGUUCAAAACAGAAGAAGAAGUCCUUCUCGAGCUUCCAGUAGACGUGGAAGAAGUCCCGUCGGCCGUGAAAGUCAAGCGGAUACUCCAGCAAGCAGACGUCAAAGCCCUGUGAGCCGUGGAAGACAAGUGGAUACUCCAGCAAGCAGACGUGGAAGUCCUAGACGUGGAGAACUUGAUCGGAGCCGUUCCAGACCUCGAACGGAAGAUGCAGCCACGCCAGCUGAGAAGAGAAGUCGAUGGGACAGUGCCCAGCCAAGGUAAGACAGAAAAAUUUUUAAAAUUGUGAUUCGUAGUUAAAUAUUGAUGUAUUUUAAUGUUUAUAUAUUUCAGUGACUUUUUUCGAUUGCUCCCGCGUGGUAGCUCACCUGGCACAGCUGAUCAGGAACCUGGGCCGUCAAGAAGCCGCCAAGACCGCCCCAUGGGAAGCAGUUCGUUGGCCAGAUCUGAUGCUCGUCGAGUUGGCGCUUCAAGUCCUCCAGAUCUUCCUCCCUCCAUUCAGGAACUGAUCCGUCAAAAUAACGGGCGCCAAACGAUUUGUCUCAUCCUCGCCGACCGUUCGAACUCCAAUUCCCCACCUCAGGAAGUCGUUUACCGCCAAUCCAGAGGAGGUCAUCAACGGAGCAGAAGACAAAGCCGUGAAGACAGUGAAGAUGAUGCGAACUAA